GCAGAGGACAUGCAGCAGCAGAUAAUUCGCGAGACUUUCCAUCUGGUGUCRAAGAGAGACGACAAUGUUUGUAACUUCUUGGAGGGUGGAAGUCUCAUUGGUGGCUCAGACUACAAGUUGAUUUACCGACACUAUGCCACCCUCUACUUCGUCUUCUGUGUGGACUCGUCUGAGAGUGAGCUCGGCAUUUUGGACCUGAUUCAGGUGUUUGUGGAAACGCUGGAUAAAUGCUUUGAAAACGUUUGUGAACUGGACCUCAUAUUUCACAUGGAUAAGGUCCAUUAUAUCCUGCAGGAGGUGGUGAUGGGGGGCAUGGUGCUGGAGACCAACAUGAACGAAAUCGUGGCACAAGUCGAGGUUCAGAACCGUCUGGAAAAGUCAGAGGGUGGUCUGUCCGCGGCCCCGGCUCGCGCCGUCUCCGCUGUGAAGAACAUGAACCUGCCCGAGAUUCCCCGCAACAUCAACAUCGGAGACAUCAAUAUCAAAGUGCCGAGCCUCUCCCCGUUCUGAAGGGCGUUCCAGCGCCGCUCCGCAGGGCCGGUGAACCGGACGGUCGAAGCAGCUCUCCUCCCACCCAGCUAUGUGGUCAAUGUGGACAACAAUGUUUUUAUUUUAUUAUUACUACAGAACCACAGCAGCUCACUCUCCCCUUCAUUCCAGUCUUCUCACACAURUUGGAGAUGAGCUGUGGACUGUGAAGGUUCUGCUGUCUUCAUGUUGCAGAACGCUCCAGUUGAAUAAUUUGCACAAUGCUGUAAAUGUUUGAUUCUUUAAAGCAUCGACAGUAACACUAAUGUAUUUUCUGAUUGCUUUUAGAUCGUGCAGUUACUUUCUACUUCCCAAAUAAAUAUGAUCWUCAGUGUGUAUAUUCUGUUAUUCCAACUCUUUGUUUGUUAGUAGUUGGUUUGAAUUAGCUUUGGAAAUGUUACACCGUUCGUGUCUGGAGUAAGUCUGAUUAGACUGUAUCCAGUUUGCUGUAACACGAUCCUUUGGCUUCUGUGUUUGAUUUGUUUUCCUGUCUUGGUGCAGAUCUGUUCUCAGAGCUCGAUGCCAGGAAGGAAGUUUCAUUGAGCUGUGAUGGAGUCCUGCCAACAUCUGUUGAGCAAAGCCGCACCUUUAGAUUUUUAAUCGUUUCUGUGAAGUUUUUUUUUUUUU